CAACCUCACAACGCGUGAGCGGCACUUUGUAGUUUACAGUGUUAAAUCAGUGGUCAUAAGUGUAUUACGAAAAUUUCGUUCUUUAUUAAAAAUGGUGGAAGAGAAAAACGGUUCGGAGAUGCUCACUGAUGCAGAGGCUGAGUUGUAUGACAGACAGAUUCGUCUUUGGGGACUAGAAUCACAGAAAAGGCUGCGUUUGGCGAAGGUCCUUCUCAUUGGACUUAAUGGAUUUGGCGCUGAGGUUGCUAAAAAUAUUAUUCUUGCUGGUAUCAAAUCCAUUAAAUUCUUGGACCACAGGGAAUUGACGAUUGAGGAUACAUGCUCCCAGUUCUUCGCUGAUAGGAAAGAUAUUGGCAAAAAUAGAGCACAAGCUUCAGUGGAACGAGCCCAGAACCUGAAUUCAAUGGUUGAAGUUACGGCUGAUGAUUCCAACAUUGACAGCAAGCCAGAUACAUUCUUCCGGGAUUUUGAUGUUGUCUGUGCCUCACAGUGUACCAUCUCUCAAUUGAAGAAAAUCAAUGCAGCAUGCAGAAAGUACAAUGUCAAGUUCUUUGCUGGUGAUGUCUGGGGAAUGUUCGGGUACACGUUCGAGGAUCUGUUGACCCAUGAAUAUGCUAUGGAUGUCGUUCAAAAUAAGAAGAAAGCAGGACCUGGGUGUGAAUCCAGGGACAAUGACAGUGUCGACGGACUUGUAAACACUGUAAAGAGAACAGAGAAUUUCGUUCCAUUUGAGAAAAUUCUUAAUGCUAAGACAUUGCCAAAAAAUUCCGAAGUUUAUCAUUUGUUCCAAAUAAUGAUGAACUAUCGAGAGAAGCACGGGAAAGAUCCUCAGCCAAAUGAACGUGAGUCCCAGCUUUCCGAGUUGUCCCAGGAAGCAGAAGCUGUAAUAAAAGAAUUCGACCUGGGGGAUAAAAUUAAGGAUUUGAUCGAGGGUGAUCUGUAUGCUCAAGUGAGUCCAGUCUGCGCAAUUCUGGGUGGAGUGAUGGGUCAGGAGAUUAUAAAAGCAGUAUCUCAAAAAGAGCCACCACUCCACAACCUCUUCCUCUUUGAUCCUGCAACCAUGUGUGGAAAGGCCAUUCGUCUGGGGCACUAAACCCCGUACCUACAGUAUCUCAACUUCCUCAUAACAGUUCCAUUCGAAACCAUUCAUUUCAAUGUUGAAAUAUAUUUUUCAUUUUCAGUACAAUA